CUAGUUGUCGUGUGCAAAGCGCAGCCUUUAUAUUCUCGAAACAUUGUCUUUUUAUUUUCUCUCAAAUCAAUUAUUGCAACCCCAACAACAACGACGUUGCAGGGUUUUUUUGUCAUCUCUCAAUUACGGAAAAAGAUCGAUUAAUGCGAGGGUCGCGCGUGCGUGCGUGUGCCCGUGUAUGUAAGUGUGUGUGUGUAUGUGCCUAGAGUUAUUCGUGCAAGUGAAAAUCAGCUGGGACGAGGAACCAGAGUAUACAAGAAAAGACGAAAAAACAAGUGCCAACGAAAAAUUGAGUUCCCAAAGUUCUACACCUUGCCAUCGAUUAUUCAUUCCUCGCCGUUCUCGUUUUUCAUUUUUUCUCUCAGUCUCUCCUCAAGAUACUAUAUUUUUUCCUCUAAAAGUCUCCGCUCAUCUCGGUACAUCGAGGACUGAGAGGCUCGACGAAUUCUCGAGAGUUUAGACGCUCUCCCUCACUCUCUUUCGCUUCUCGCGUGUUAAAUCAAGUCACCCUAGCUCCGAGACGUAGCAGCGUUGAAUAAUCUCGUGUGUUGUGUCGCGGGUGCUCUCGAAUCACGAGCUCACCCAAAUCGAGUUCAAAUUUUUUACACAUUUAUUUAUACGCACAUUGGAAUAUACGAAUAAUCCAAAUACCUGUAUAAUCGUGCUUGAAAAACUGAGAAAAUACAGCCCCGAGACAGCGAGAGAAGGCAACGCCGAGAACAAAGAAUUGAAAAACAAAAAUACGUUUCAUCAAACAAAAAGUAAACCAGCGCAAAGAUCAUCUCAUAUCAAUUUUGUGGCGAGCUUGUGGCUGAGCGUAUUAUGAAAAAAAAUGGAUUAUAAAAGCGCGGUGUACAACGCUGCGAGGGAUGGAAAGCUGAAGCGUCUCAAAGUGUUUCUCGAGCACUUGGGGAAACAUGAGGUAGGACAAUUGGUCGAUGCGAAGACCCACGAUGCAACUCCGUUGGUCAUGGCCUGCAGGAACGGGCACUACGACGUCGCCGAAUAUCUGAUCGACAAAUGCGGCGCCGACAUCGAACAACCGGGCUCCGUGGUAUUCGAUGGGGAGACGAUAGAGGACGCACCGCCUCUGUGGUGCGCAGCAGCGGCAGGACACCACGCUCUCGUGAUUCUUCUCGUUCGAAGAGGGGCCAAAGUAAACUCAACGACGAAAACAAACUCGACACCGUUGCGGGCGGCGUGCUUCGACGGGCACUACAACAUCGUCAAGUUUCUCGUGAACCACGGUGCCGAUAUCGAAGUUGCUAACAGACACGGUCACACCUGCCUCAUGAUAGCCUGCUACAGAGGUCAUUAUUUUAUCACCAAGUACCUACUUUCUCUGAAGGCCGAUACCAAUAGGAAAUCCGUUAAGGGCAAUACCGCGCUCCACGAUUGCGCUGAGAGCGGAUCCCUCGACAUCCUUAAGGUCCUCGUUGCCCACGGAGCACGAAUGGACGUCGACUCGUUCGGGAUGACGCCUCUCCUGGCUGCCGCUGCUAUAGGUCACACUCACAUCGUCGAGCACCUGAUAAAAAUACCAAAUUUCGUCAGCAGAAAGGACAGAAUCGAUGCCCUCGAGUUGCUAGGAGCGACGUACGUCGACAGAAGAAGAGACAUGGUCGGUGCAUUGCAUUUCUGGAAACGAGCGAUGGACGAAAGAUACCGUGGCGAUGGACCCCCGAUACCAAAACCAACCUCGCCACCCGCCGUAGCGGCUUACGACUUUGCCCGGGAAAUUUGCGAGCCCGAAGCCCUCGACGAGCUCCUCGCUGAUCCGGACGAAACCCGAAUGCAGGCCCUCGUCAUACGAGAACGUAUCCUCGGACCCGCGCAUCCCGACACGAGCUAUUACAUCCGCUUUCGCGGAGCUAUUUACGCCGACGCUGGAAAGUUUUCUCGAUGCAUCGAACUAUGGAAUUAUGCCCUCGAUAUGCAACAGAGCAUGCUCGAACCCUUGAAUCCCAUGACCCAAAGCUCCUUCUUCAGUUUCACCGAAUUGUUCAACUUCAUGGUUGGCGAGGAGGGCAGACAAACCGGCAGAGGACGCAAAAUUCCGCCUGUCGAACGCGAGCAACUCACGAGGGUCUUCACAAAAGCGGUCCUCGAAGUGAAAUUGGGAAAGCAGAUGUUAGACAAAGUGCCAAUUUACGAGCGUGACUUGACUUAUCUCGAUCGUAUACUCGUCAUAACUCUGUACUUGGCGUGUUUGCUGACGCGAAAAAUGCCGGAGGUUGGGACUACCGAAUACGUGGAACUGCACAGAGCUAUGCACAAACUCGUACGAAUAAACGCCAAGGGAAAAAAGGGGAGAGACGUGCUACAAAUAACCCAAAACGUGGAUUCGGUCUUCACGAGAAAGUUUCCAGCGUGCGAAUUUCCCUCGCCCAAUUUGACGUCGGCACUGUUGAAAGCAGGAGCCGAUCCAACCGCCAGAGACGAGGAUGGAAAUACAGCUUUGCACUUAGCAGCGAUAUCGCGUCCGUGGAGAGCCGACAUUGCCGAAGCUUUGCUCAAGGCCGGAGCACACAUAGACGCGGUCAAUUCGAACAAUCAAACGUACGAAAUGAUAUUAGGCAAAAAGGAGAGCUCAGUUUCGAUAAAUCCGCUCAAAUAUACGACUCUCGAGUGUCUCGCUGCUCGCGUCGUCGCUAGAACUCACAACCUCGAAUAUGUGCCCAAACAUCUUAAAGAUUUUGUUCUUAUGCAUUAGCCGAGUUUUCAAUAAUGAAAAAUGAAUAACGGUUUAUGACAGCCAAUCUCUCUAGUCGCUGCUAAACGAGGGUCAAAUCGCAAUUACUUUUUUUAUCCCUCAUCCUCGUAUUUUCGGUUUUUCCAUUCAAAUUUAUGUCUCGUAUACAAUUUUGUUGCGAGAAAAAGAAAGAAAAAACAUCUCGGCCUGACUCUGCACUAUUGAUCUCGAAGAAAAUUGACCCGGUCUUUUUAAAAAGUACACGACCAUCGUUUCUACUUCUGGGAAUCCUCGACUAACCUUCUACCUUAGCGUGUGAUUGAAAUUUACAUUGAUUCAUUCGUCGAUGCUCGAAAUUACGAAUUUUUUCCAACAGCAUCGUCUAAUUGAUUCGUGAAAAUUGCAUUGUUCCCAUUUCAUUAUUCAUUUCAAGAUUAGAUAUUUUUAUCAUAGUGUUAACUCUAACUAUUAAAAUGAAACUUCUGCCAAAAGGUACAAAUUAUUGAAACACGGUGGAUGAAAUGUGAUAAGAGUAGAUGGAAAAACUGAGGAUUCUCGUGGGAAAACGAUAAUCGACGCUUUUUAGUUUCAUUGUACAUCGAGCGAGUUGUUAAAGAUUUAGAAUCAGCGCGAACGUUCAUUGAUUAUUUCGGGCUGCGCAAGUUGGUUGUUAAUUGAAUUUCCAGCCUUACGAUGUAACUCGAACGGGGAUCGAAUUGAUAAGGAAAAUAAAAUUAAUGAGAAAGGAAAAUGAAAAAAUUCGAGAGAAGCCGAGAGGAAACAGAGAAGAGUCAAUCGUUCGGCGAUUAUUAAUUCAAAUCGUUACAAAUUGUGAUCAGAAUCAUCAAUAGUACACACACACACACACACUAAUGCGCGUGGACAUUGAACUAUAGAUGAUAUUUUAUCAAUAAUGAAAUAAAAUGGAUAAAACGAAAAGCAAAAAAAAACGAGAGAAAAACAAUAAAGCGAUAAAGAACAUUUUUGUGAUUUUAAUCGGGGCUCUGAGCUUUGUGUAGAACUGAUACCGUCGUGUGAAUUGUGAUACAAUACAUUCAUAUAGAUUAGUUAAUGAAAAAAUGAGAAAAUAAAAAAUGGAUCAUGAAAGGAGCGUGUAUUACGAUAAUGAGCACAAAAACACACCCAUACAUACACACGCACACAUACAAAACAGACACGAGGUCUUCCGGUUGAACGUAAUGAAUAUUUUGCGAUAAUGAACACACAUAAAUUGUCGUUUAGAUUGCCUAAACAGUACCAGAACAAUUUUUAAUUUACUCUAAUCUCGAAACAUAGUGAUCGUUAAUAUUAGAAUCAAGAAAAAAAAACACACCGAUUUCAUACGCCCCGAUUAAGCUUGACGCGCGCUCUAGCGAACUCCCAACCAAGUUGGCUCGUUCACACGGGAAAAAUAUAAUACUUAAAGAAAAAAAAAAACAAAGUUUCGACCGAAGCGUUUUAUAUUGUAAAGACUGCGAAGAAAAAUAAUACAGGUGUGUCAAUGAA